GAAAGACAUGCUUCAAAACAAUAUUUGAGGAGAAGCUUGAUGGGAGAAGAAGAAGCAAAAGAAAAAAAUUGGGAUAAUCGUUUGAGUUAGCUUGCAGCUCCUCCAGGAACCUGAUUGCUAGCUAGGUACAAGAUAGGAAUAAGGUUAAGAUAAAUGUAGUUGCAAGAGAUGGUGGAUUCCUUGCUUACACUUAACAAAUGAACUGGCAAAGCUAUUCCCCGAUCUUCCUGUUUCCAUAUCCUCUUUCCCUCCCAUUAUAUAAAUCAUUGUUGAGUCGACUAAUUGUCUCAAGUUUCAUUCAAGUCUCUGCAACAUGGGGAAUUCCAUGGGUGGUUUCAUGGGAAAAGGGUUGCCAUCCACCCAGAUGUUAAGCUUUGUGUUUAAAUCACUUUACGAGCAGUUCACAGAUGCAGAAAUCAAAGGCUUCGACGAUUUCCAUGCUGCUAUUCUUGAUAUCUUGACUGUUUUAAACUCAGCAUUGCCUGGAAAACAUUAUGAUGCUCCUGCUCGCAGUGAAGUAGAGAGAUGUUUUCAAGAAUGGUGCAAUGAAGAAGAUCCAGCAAAAAAGAAGGAGGUGUUUGUUCAGUUUAUUAAGAAAAUAAAGCUUAGCAAGCUGGAUAACACUACUAUUAUGACUGGGAUAGUAACCCCUCCAGCAGCCAUGGCAGCCAAGAAAGCAGGAGAAUUUUUGCCUCAUUUGAGUAUGAUUAAGGCCAUUCCUGAUGUUAUAUUUGUACCAUCUGUUACCGUGGCUGCCUUGGUCAUUUCCAAGCUCUCCAGAAGGCUAUACAAGCGGAGCGUGCGGUCCCAACCCAACCAAACCGAGCCCUCUAAUGUGGAUGAGAUUCAGCCUGUGGCAGAGCGAAGCACACCUCCUUGUCCUCCAGAUUAAAAUUAAAAUGAAAAGAAAAGAAAAAAACAAAUGGAAAGAGGAAAAUUGGGUUUUCAAUGCUUGCCUCACUCAGGCUCUUGAAUCAUUAUGAAGAAACAUGUGAAUAUCCUAGGUUUUAUAUAAAAUUUUAAGUUACAAAGCUACUGUCAGUUGACACUAUGGUAAGCGUAUAUGCAUGCUGUUGGGAAAGGAUUUUAAUAGAUGAGAUGAUGUUUACUUUCGUAAAUGUAAAUUGCUUGGACAAAUCUAAUGAAAUUCUCUCCACGGGUAGCAUUAGCAGAGCAUAUUUACUUGGAAUGCUGCUGGUUUUUCAGCCAGGGAAUUCAUUUGGGGGUCACCAUUAGAUUACUCAGAAUAAGAGAAACCCUUGAACAUCAUCUUUCAAACUAGCUUGAAAUGCUUUUUUUCUGUUUCUAGUAAAAUCUCACAAGAUGAUUAUACAAGCAUCCUUUUUAGCUUAAUAAACUU